UGUCUGUGAAAAUUAUGUAUGGUACGUAGGCCAAUUGCGGAGAGACAGCAUACAAUAUGAUGACAGUUGGCAAACAACCCAUUUGGCAGCAACGAUGCACUAGAGCGUGCCUCCUACCAAUACGCAUUGUUGUAGCGACAAUGGGCUUCUUUGGACUGGUCUGCGCCUUUACGAACCGGGUCUCGAUUGCACACAUUAUCCUUGAGCUGGUUGCGCACAGGAAUCGAACGGACCCGAUUGAUCGAAAGGGCAGCGGGGUAUGUGCACCCGAUGGCGGUGUGAGCGCGGAAAGAAUUAAUCGAAGAAUCAAUCACGAGUGGUCCGAGUCGCUGCAGGGCUUCAUUUUGGGUUGCUUUUACAUCGGCUACUUUGUCGUCCACAUCCCCGGCGGCAUGCUGGCCGACAGAUUCGGUGCCAAGUGGGUCUUGGGCAUCUCAAUGCUGUGCUCAGCGUUGUGCACUAUUUUCACUCCACUUAUAGUCGAAAUCUUCCACGAGAAGGGCCUGAUAGCUGUGCGUAUUUUGAUGGGAGUCGCACAAGGGUCGAUUUUUCCUGCUCUUACCGUACUACUAUCACACUGGGUGCCCCCGAGGGAGCGCUCGACAUUGGGCGCCUUCUGCUACAGCGGAGUCAGCGCCGGCACCGUGGUAAGCAACCUGGGCUCUGGCUUCAUGAUCCACUACCUUCCCUGGGGCAUGUGCCUCAUAGUGUUUGGCACAGCGACAAUGUUCUGGAUGAUCGCAUUUGUCCUAAUAUGCGCCAGCACACCAAACGAGCACCUAUUCAUCAGGCCAGGCGAAAAGGCUUACCUGAAGAGGCACAUACCAGUGCAGAAGGAGAUCCUGUCAACACCCUGGAGAAGGAUAUUGUUCAGCAAGGCAUUGAUUGCAUUGGCCAUCUCCCAAAUGGGCCACGACUGGGGAUUCUUCGCGAUUGUCAGCUACCUGCCCAAAUAUAUGUCCGAUGUCCUUCAGUUUUCUAUACUCUCCAACGGCAUCAUGACCUCCUUGCCCUUCAUUGCGCUGUGGCUUAGCUCUCUGAUUUGUGGCUUUCUGGCCGAUUGGCUAAUACGCACCAGACGAAUGACGCUCAAUGUGGAGCGAAAAGUAUUCACAUUCAUUAGCGCCUUUCUACCAGGAGUGCUCAUGGUCGUAGCCUCGUAUGUCGGAUGCAAUAAGAGUUUGGCUGUGGCAUUCUUCACGCUCUCGCUGUUCACGAUGGGCCCGUUCUAUGCAGGCCAAAAGCUAACGCCCAUGGACAUGUCGCCCACUUAUUCGGGAACCAUUAUGGCCAUCUGUAAUGGACUGGGCUCGGUAAUCGGAGUGGCAUGUCCCUCCAUUAUUGGCAUCAUGACAACCGACACUACAAUGAGGCAAUGGCGCUCCGUAUUCUGGCUGAGCUUUGCUAUUCUGGUCUUCUCCGGCAUCGUAUUUGCGGUGUGGGGCACCGCCGAUCGCCAGGCCUACGAUCCAAGGAUCCAAAGGCAGAGGAGGCGCAAGAGAUCGCACAAACCAUUGGACGUGUUUACUUGAUACCUGACUAAAUGUUUAGUUUUAUCGAUUUGCAAGCUACUUAUGAUAUUUGUAUAUAUGUAAUAUGAUGUAACUAUUUUCUACGCCCUUUUUACGACAACAAUAAUUUAACUUUUGCAUACCUUUUCA